GUAAAAGGUAUCCUAGUCCUAGGAUAAGACGGGCAAACUUCUGGCCAUCCCACGAAAGUCACCAUAUUUCAUGAGCAUCCUGGACAGGAGACAGCGUUGCGAGUCCGCGGAGUCUAUGGCAUUCAACAUAGACGAGGGAUCCAAAGGGACACUGUUGGUUGAUUCAUCGGCUGUUUGCGGCUCUUGGCGUUCAAACAAGCGAGGGCCGGCAUGUAACUCACUAUGUUCCGGCAUAGGGGAAAGUGAAGAGAACUAACAACACCGCGGCUCUUGCCCUGAUCAAUAUUUGGGAAAGGGUGGUAAAUUGGCGAGGUUGAGUGGGUAUUUACCGUUCACUACGCUUUAUACCCGCGUGUUCGCGAUUAUGUCUGUGAUGGCGCCCAAUCUGCCAAUCACAGGACCGAGUAGCCGCCAUAACCAUGCAACCGCAACUACCAGCGGCCUCCUCCAUCCACAAGUUAAAGCACCGCCACAUUCCUCGGUCUUCAACCACUCUUCUAUCACCAGCCAUGUCUUCUCAGGAUACCCGCUCCAUGAGCCAGCGUCUUCGCCCUCGUCGUCCCUCGACCUUCCUUACCUUGGCUCCUAUCAUCUCCGGUGCCGAGCAAAAGCCCAAGGUCGCUUCUGCCGAUGAGGCUGCUCUCGAGUCUCCUACUGAGAGCGUCAAGCAAGUAGAGGCCGACUCUGCCGAGGCCAUCAAGCGCCGCGCCUCCAGUGUCAGCAGCCAGUCCUCCACCACUGGCGGAUUCCGCUUCCUGAGGAACCACUAAAGGGUCGCACCACUUUUUUUUAGCGGUUGGCAAUUUGCCCAUCCUGUCGUUCAGUCAUACUUUCAAGCGAUAAAAAGAUGGGGCAAGCACGAGCCUUGCUGCUGCAUGACACAUUUCCUUAUCAUAUACCUUCCAGCCAUGAUGGCAUGGAUCCCAUCGACAUGGGGAGCACAACGAUGUGCCAUUUCGGCGGAUAGAAACACACCUCUUGGGCGAAAAUGGCAAACUGGAUGAUUCCUAUACCACAAAGGCUUUCAAACGACGCUUCUCGGUCUUCUUUUUCUGUAAUCCUCUGACAG